CUCAGGCGCCCAGUGCACACGGGGGAGCAAAGUCUCCGGGAGUGUGGGGGGAAGCCUGAGUGCCCCUGAGCUGCUGCUCUGCUUUCUGCUCCCUGCCCUGUUCUUCCUGCUCUACCGGCUGCUCUUUUUGCUCCCAUCCUCUGCUCUUUCUGCCCUGUGCUCCCUGCCCGAUCUGCUGCUCUGCUUUCCGCUCCCCUCCUGGUAUGUCCCUGCCAUGUCCCCUCCUCACAACAGGCUGCCGGAGGUACUUGUGCUAAAACCUUGGCCAGAGUUGGCUUGAGCAGCAAACCUGGCCGUGGCCUGAGCGAGCUCCUGGCUGGAGGCGGGAGGGGAGACGCUGCGCGCGGCGUGGGACAGCACAGGACCCGCGCGACAAGGCUGGAGCAGGAACACCCAGAAAGCCUUUGCCCAGGUCCCCCAGCAGAGAUGAAUGAAGGUAGGUGGUCGUGAGACUGCAGGGAACGUCCACGCGCAGGUUAGAAACUGGCUCCAGGAUAGAAAGCGAAGAGGAAGCAUCAACGGUAGGUUUUCAGGAAGGAAAGACGUAAACGGGGGGUUGCUGGGGGUCUGCGUGGGGACCAGGGCUGCUUAACUUAGCAAUGACCUGGACAAGGGGUGAGCAGCGAGGGGGCCAGAUUUGCAGGUGGCACAAAAUUAUUCCAAGCGGUGAAGACCGAGGUGAACAGCAAGGAGCUACAGCAGGGUCUGGCCCCUGCACACCCACAUACUCCCCAGCGCGCACACGCACAUGCAGGCACACACCCACACGUGCACACAGCGCCCUGCCUGCCUGCCUGCGUUCCCUGGGCCGCUGGCCCCACCUGCCGGCCGGCCCCGUCGCUGCAGCUCCGCACCAAUGACCUUGACAAGGCCCAGGACUGCGCUGGGCAGCGCCCAACAGGUCUGCCCUGGGGGGGAAACAGGCCACAGGGACCCAGGGCUGAGGGGGCAGAUAGGCCUGGUGCCUUGCAACCCCCGCUGCUCCGCCAGUGCCCCUCACUCCCCUGCUCCCCCCAUCCCUGCUGGUGCUCCUCAUUCCCAACCUGCAGCCCCCUGCCCCCCUGCCAGUCCUGCCGAUGCCCCUCACCACUGACCCGCAGCCCCUGCACACACCCCUGGGCCCCCAGGCAUGCCCCUACUCCUGCCCUGCUGCCCCGGCACCCUCCUGCGUGUGCACAGGUGACUCCGUCCAGUCAGACCUCGCUGCCUCCUGCCUAGAGCUCAGGCUCGGUCCAGCUCCGGCCCCAGCCCUGGUACAGCCACUGCCACCUGCACCCAGGCUGCGGCCGGCUCCUGCCCUGGCUGCCCCUCCCGGCCCAGGGGGAGCAGGGGGGAUCCAGGGUCCUGUGAGCCCAUCUGUCCCUGCUCCCCCCAGCCCAGGCAGGGUGAAGUGCAUGCAGUUAAACAUGCGUGUACAUGCACUGCACGCACACACAUGCACCCGCAAACAUGUGCGUGCACGAGCACCCACCAAUGUGCACUUGCACACCUACAGCACCUGCCCCCCCCCAACUCAGCGCCUCCUGCUGGCCCCCCCGCCCCACCCUUGUGCUGCCCUGGGGUAACAGUGAGGCCUGGCUGCCGGCUGGGCACGAAGGCAAGGCCUGGGCUGAGGCAUGCGAGGCAGGGAGCGGAGCCGGGCACCACCCGUGCACACAGGCCUGGCCAGGGGCUCUGGGCUCCUCUCCCAGCCCUCCCUUGCCCCGCGCAGCCCCCGUGCACGCUGCCUGCACCCCUGGCCUGCAGGAGUCCCUCCACACCCAUUCCCCCGGCUCCCUGCCCCGCGGAGACCACACAGAGCCCUUGCCUUGCCCCUUGCAGGCCGUGCCCUGCCACCUGCCCACCCCACGGCGCUGCCCCCUGCCCAGCUCAGCAGGUCCCCAGGAUCAGGACACCUUCGCCCCCUCCCACCAUUGCUGCACCUUCCCCUGGGCCCGUUCCCCCCCAGAGCCAGGCUGGCAGCUCUCAGGGUGGGUUUCCCUUGCCCCCAACAGCACCCUCCUUGCCUCUCGGGGCAGGGAUGCUCCAUGCGGGCACCCCUGGGGUCUCUGGCCCUACAGCAGCAGCUUGGAGAGGUGCAGGGAGCCCACCCCCCUGAGCCCAGAUGCGUUGGCUUCAAAUGCCCUCAGGAUUGGGGGAAAAAGCCCCUGGGGCUACCGGCACUGGGGCAGGGGGGACAGGGCCCCGGGGGCUGAGCUGGGGGGCAGUGAGACGGGAAGCAAAGCAGCUGCGUGGCUGAGAUGGCUCCAGGCUUCCCAGGACAACCCCACAGGUGCCAGGGACAGCGGGGUCGUCUCUGCCGCAGAGCGGAGACCCCCACCCCGCUCCCCGCAGAGCAGGGGCACCGAGGCCUGCGCCCAGCUGCAGCAAGGAGCCGCUGCCACCCCCAGCCUCUGCAGCCCAGCCCCACGGAGCAGGGGCAGGCUGGGAGCGGGGCCAGGCCGGCGAGGGGGGGCCCUGCAGUCUGCCAGCCUGCCGCAGCACGGCGGGCGCCGGCGAUUUCUGCCUGCGGUUGCAUUCGGGGCGGGUUAGAUGCAGUUGGCCCACGCGUGCGGCUCUGUGUGUGUGUGUGUGUGUGUGUGUGCAUGGAGAGAGAGCCAGGCUGCUGCGAAGAACAGGAUGUGCCGGCUUUUCCCUUCAGGGUUGGUUAAAUCGAUUGCAGGAGAAAGUGCUGAAGUAGCGGUCCCGGCUCCCUCCAAUGCAGAGGCUGCGCCUGGUUAUUCAUAAAAUGGAAAGACUAAAAGAGGAAGAGGAGGAGGAAGGAGAAGAAGGAGACGAGGAAGAAAAGGAAGAAGAGGAAGAAGAAG